AUGUCGAGAGUUGAAUCUUUUAGAGACACAAACCUGCGCUCCCUGCUGAGGGAGUUACGCACUGAUAUUGCUAUGGCAAUAGAUGACCCUUUCCCUCUGGUCUUUGGUUUGGCUGAUAAAAACAUCAUCACUGAUCAGCUACUGAAGGAAACUUUGGAGAAGGAGGUUAAAGAGGGGAUCCACAAGGCCAUGUACUCGCUCCUGUCCUGGGUCCUGGAGCAGAGACGAUCCAUUCUUCAGGCUUUCUGGAGCAACUUGUCCAAAGAGUACAACCUGGACAGCUAUACAAAGCUGAGGCCGCUGCUCACCAACUUGCACCUGAAUGCCUCAGUCCAGAGACAAGUCUCUCUCUCAGCCUCCUCCUCCUCAGCUGACCCACGGUGCAGCCCUGAAAUCAGAGAAAAGACCCAUACCCAACAAGUGUUUGGCUCAAAUGGAUCCUCUAGACAGUGUGUCAAAGUUGAAGAGUUUUAUUCUGGUGGCCAGUCAGAGAGAAAUGAAGCUGCUACAGAUACGUUAGACCAGGAGGUGGAGACAAACUCAAUCACGGUUCACUAUAAUGAUGAUGAGUGUGCAGUGUGUAAGGAUGGAGGAGAGCUGAUCUGUUGUGAUGGAUGUCCUCGAGCUUUUCACCUGACCUGCCUCCACCCUCCACUUGCAUCCAUACCAAGUGGUCGCUGGCAGUGUCAGUGGUGCUGUGGCAACAGAGUGAAAACCGAGAAGAAACAAACUCCUGUACAACCGACAAACACAAGCUCCAGUACCUCCAUGUUAGACAUCUCCUUAUUCUCCUCGCUCUCAUCCUCAUCUGUCACUGCUGUCACAGCUUCUAGAAACAGAGCUGGGGGAAGAAACCUCCAGUUCCCAGGUGGAGAGCAGGUCGGUAUGAGGGAGGUGUGUGGAGUUUGUCAGCUGGGAGGAGACCUCACUCACUGCCCCAAGUGUUUGCAGCCUUUCCACAUGCACUGCCACUUCUCUAAAGGGAGGUCUAUGUGCUUGUCCUGCUCCAGGUCUGGGGGCAGCUCUGCAGAGAAGGAGACUGAAUCUAGAGGUCCACAGCUCCCCCCAGUGGUACAAAACACUCACACUCAGGAUCAGGGCUCCCAUGCUUGUGAAUCAGUCCUCCACAAAGAUGAACUUGACUCCAUCCUGGGAGACAUGAGUGAAGGCUCCAUUGAUGGAAUCUUUCAGUGGGCUUUUCACAACAUCCCUCGGCCUCUACCAGAUUCUCAGGGAUGUUUCCAGUGA